AUGCUCAAGUCCAAGUGGGCGCCCCAGACUGGCGACGAAGCGCCACAGGCUGCAACCACGGAAUCGAAGCCUGCGCCGGCGCAGCAACCAGCAGCGGCUCCCGCGGUCGACGCAGCCUACGGCGCCUACAAUGACGCUUCGCUAGGUUCUUUCGCGCAGACAGCGGGCACCGACGAUCUGUUCUUCGACGAUGACAUCACGCCCAUCUCGCAGCCCGUCGUCGAGCCGAGCAGCACCCUCGCCGCGCGGGCGCCCGUCUUCGUCCCGGCGCCAGAGCAGCCCGCACCGCCAGCCGCGCCGCAAGCACACGUCGCCCCCAAGGCGCCGCGAGAGCCACGGAAUGCCGACCGCGGGGGACGAGGCCGCGGCAGAGGACGCGGCGAGGGGCGCGGUCGCGGCAAAGGAGGGCGCGGUCGCGGCGGCCCCGUAGGCGACAUCCGGCUCGAGGAGGCCGCCGCCGCCGCGCAAGAAAGCCCAGCCGCGAUCUCGGCCCACUCGGCCCACUCGGCCCACUCGGCCCCUGAGCCCGCCAGCACAGGCGCAGAAGCCGACGCGCCCGCCGCCGACGCGCCGCCUGCCGACGCACCCACCGGCCCCGCAGCGCCCACGGCGGCCUCGGUGCGCGGCGACCGCACGCUGACGGGCGGGAGCAAGCGCACGCGCCUCACCGAAGCCGAGCUCAGCGCCAAGCUCGCGUCGAUGCGCAGCAAGAACGAGGCCCUGGCCAGCGCCCACGCCCGCGCCGAGGCAGACGCCGCCGCCGCCGAGGCCCGCGAGCACGUGCUCAAGCAGCAGGAGGUCGUGCGCAAGAAGGCCGUCGCCGAGAAGCAAAAGGCCGAGCGCAAGGACCGCCAGCAGAUGAUGGGCGAGCGCGAGAAGAACCGCCAGCGGAAACUGAAGGCCCAGGGCGGCCGCGAGUGGGACCUCGACAAGGAGGACGGCUUUGACGGCACCGGCGAGGAGCGGCGGCGCGGCACAGCACGGGCAGCACCGGAAGAGGGGCGAGAGCUGUUCGACGAAACCGGCGACGCGGGUGCGCACCGCGGCCGCGGCAGAGGGCGCGGCGGACGCAGCGGCGGCCGGGGAGCGAGAGGCGAUGCCCGCGACUCCAGAGGGGAAGCCCGCGGCGGCAAGCAAACGUCGCAGCGCCCGCCCACAUCCACCGACUUCCCCUCCCUCCCCGCAGCCCCAAAGACAGUCCCCGCAAACGCCGACGCACCGAACAUCAAAGACUUUUCCAUCAAAGGCUUUUCCGUCAAGGACAGGGGCGAGAGUAAGAGCGACGCCAAGGACGACACCAGGAACAACGCCAAGAACGAAGACAUGCGCAAGAGCGAGCCCGCACUCAGAAACGAACUCGAGCCACAGCCCAAGGCCGAGACUGACGACGCGCCUGUGCGUCCUGCCGUCAAGACGGCUGAGUCGUUCGGCCUGGAGCCCAUGCAGAAGGGCGCCAGCUGGGCCGACGACGAGUAG